AUGGCUUCUGUCUCGAGUCCUCCUCAUAAUCCCGAGGAUGAUCCUCUGCUGGCCUCGGAUUCGCAGUAUUACGUCCACGAUGACUCAGACCCCUCUUCUCACCUCCAUGACACUCCAAUGGCCGAUGCCGAUUUGAAACCGGUUAAGGAGCCUCAUCCCCUGCAGAAACGACGUCGCGUCACUCGGGCCUGUGAUGAAUGUCGCCGUAAAAAGAUCAAAUGCGACGGGAAGCAGCCGUGUACCCAUUGUACCGUGUAUAGCUAUGAAUGUACGUACGACCAACCCUCCAAUCGCCGUCGGAAUCCCGCCCCCCAGUAUGUCGAGGCCCUCGAGACCCGUUUGCACAAGGCUGAAGCCCUCCUGCGAGUUGUCCUACCCGACAUUAAUCUCGAUGAUCCCCAAUUCGACGUCCAUGCGACGGAGCAGAUGCUGGCCACCGCCAAAAAGGACAAGGAAAAGCUACAGCAACAGCAGCAGCAGCAGCAACAACAACAACAACAACAACAACAACAGAAUGCUGCCAGUAUUCGUAGACCGUCAAUCAGUGCUGCUGCCGCAGAUGGACCUGAAGGAGCAGACGAGUCAUUGCUCGAAACCAUGGUCGAUAACUCCGGCUUGUUGGAUAUGGACGACCAGGGUCAUUGGGAUUAUCACGGACAUACUUCCGGUAUCACCUUCAUUCAACGGUUGCGCAAGCAGCUUGGCGCCCCCGACCUGCCAGCCGUCGGGCUCAGGUCGUCGCGCCCCAUGUCGCAAAUGCUGGAGAGUCCCAAAUCCGUGACGGACUCCCCGCAGGAUGGCCUUCUCCCUCCCACCCAUGAUCUACCACCCCGUGCGGUCGCACGGCGCCUGUGUCACAACGCCUUGGAUGAUGCUUGUUCUUUGAUGCGAUUCGUUCACGAGCCCUCCUUCUAUGCCAUGCUGGAGCGCAUUUACGACACCUCGCCCGACCAGUUUACCAACGAAGAAAACUCCUUCCUGCCGCUUCUCUAUAUUGUUAUGUCUGUCGGUUGUCUCUUCUCGGACGACGGAGCUGGUACCUUGGAUGUAUCUGGGUAUGAAAGUGCAAUUGGUCAAGGGUUCCAAUUUUUCAAGGCCGGGCGGCAUUUACUAGAUAUCACCGACUGUCGCGACCUGACCUCACUCCAAGCAAUCUGCUUCAUGGUACUUUUCCUCCAAUCAUCCGCCAAACUGAGUACAUGCUACUCAUACGUCGGAAUUGCUCUUCGCUCCGCCUUGCGACUGGGAUUGCAUCGCUCCGUCGCCGCCGACUUCAACCCCGUCGAGCGGGAAUUGCGGAAGCGUAUCUUUUGGGUCGUCCGGAAAAUGGACGUGUACGUCUGCACGAUGCUGGGAUUGCCAAUAAUGUUGAGCGAUGACGACAUUGACCAGGAAUAUCCGUUGGCGAUCGAUGGGGAGUUUAUCAACGCCGACGGCAUCACGCCCAUGCCCACAGAUCGAACCCCGCUGAUGGCCGGGCCCAAUGCGCACACGCGCCUUGGCAACAUUAUUCUCAAGGUUGUCAAAUACAUAUAUCCCGUCAAGCACGCCCAAUAUCGGUCCAAAUCCAAUCAGCGGUACAUGGUGAGCCACUCGAAAAUCCGCGAGAUUGAGCGAGAUCUCCAGGCCUGGAUGGAGGAAUUGCCUGCAGCUCUUCGGCCCGGCACCGAAGUGUCUCCCCAACUUGAACGAAUUCGACAACUACUCCGAAUAAGCUACGCCCACGUCCAGAUGGUCAUGUAUCGGCCGUUCUUACACUAUGUUUCCAGUGGCUCGCAGGCCCGAGGAGUUGACAAACGCUCUUACGCCUGCGCUGCGGCGUGUGUCAGUGUCUCUCGCAACAUCGUCCACAUCACAACCGGAAUGCACAAAAGGGGGCUCCUCAAUGGCUCCUUCUGGUUCACCAUGUACACCACUUACUUUGCCAUCUUGUCUCUGAUCUUCUUCGUUCUCGAAAACCCCGACUCGCCGACGGCCAAGGAUGGCGUGCUCAAGGAUGCCAUGGAAGGCAAAAACACCUUGGCUGGGUUGGCUAAGAAGAGCAUGGCAGCGGACCGGUGCUCUCAAAGCCUCAACUGUCUUUUUAAGAAUCUGCCUGAAUUGCUCAAGAACCGCCAGAGCUCAGUCGCCCCCGUCAAUCUCAAGCGUCCAGCCCCCUCCAACAGACCAGUCAAUGUCAAGCCCACAGCCCCCCAACGAACACCGCCUCAACGAUCAAACACAUUUCCUAUUCAGCUGUUAUCGAGGCAGACUAAUGCUGAAGCUAGCAACACUCCCAAGAGUUUGGAUGACAAUCAUACUGCCCAUCGUAAUCAACAUAAUCAUAAUCAUAUUAACGAAAAUCACAACAAUAACAAUACUCCAGCCUGGAGGAAUCCCACCCCAGAGCUUGUUACGGAGACAUCGGCAUCGUCACCAUCCGACGGAAUGACGGCAGAUCGAAUUAAUCUUUCCUCCGCCACUGCAUCCCCCAUUCCCUCUUCACUGGCUCGGGACCAGUCGACACUUCCGUUCUCGCAGCAAUUCACAAACCCCGGAAACCUCCCUGAUCUUAUGCCUAUAAUGUUUCCGUCGGAUGACCCAUUCGCCUAUCCCACGCAGCCCAUGUCUACGCUGGAAGAUGACCACUUCCGUCAUGAUGGACUCCCAUCACAAUUCCCAUUCGACUCGGGUUCCCAACGGGCAGCAAUGUCAGCAAACCAAACUGGCAUGGCGACACCUACGUUUGAAAGCUUCGCGAACCUUCCUCUUUUCUCGAAUGGGACACCCGCUGGAAUGACCGCUGCUGUCACUAAUCGUCUUCAACAACAUGGGACUCCACAAAUGGGACGGUCUUCACGACUUCAAUCCCCCGUGUCGCACAGCACGACCCCAGGCAGCGAGGCGGUUAACAGCCCUGAUUUGGUGUCCAUUCCCAACCAGAACUUCCUCUUUCAAGGAUACAACUUCCCAGCCCAGAACCAGAACCAGAACAUGUCUGUUGACCAGACUGUUUCGCAGCAGCAGGUACCUGCAAUCGAUGGAUCCCAGAACUUCGGGAUGGGAAUGGAUGAUGGAUCACUGGGGGUGGGGAUUGACUUGGGGAUUCCCCUAGACGAUCUAUUUGGGAACAGCGACUUCCGGGCUGGAAAUCUCCCGAAUGAUGACUGGACCCAGUGGAUGAAUGUUGGAAAUUAA